AUCUCUGUGCAACAAGUUGAAAAAUAGAAGAAGAAAAAUAGAAACAGCGUCCGCAAAUAGUGCGCAAAAUAGUGUUUUUUUUGUUAACGUGCAACAUCGAAAUUGUCAAACAAUUAAAACGGUGAAUGCGAGUGAUAGUGCGACCAAAAACAAUGCAAAACACUUGACCACGCAACAAAAACAAUUGAGCAAGGCACACAAAACACACACACAUGUGCAGGCACCCACUCGCUUAAGAGAGAGAGAAAGAGAAAGAGAGAGCGCAAGUGUGUGAGUGAGUGAGAGGGAAGAACUGUUACUGUAAUAUAAUUGAUAAAACAAAAAACGUCAGGAGCAGGAAUCCAGUGAGAGAGAGAGAGGGAAAGAAGGACAGUCAGCAGCGAUAGAGAGAACAGAAAAGGAGGAGGAAUUGUUGUUGCUAAAAAUAGCAACAAAUAGACAGGCAAAGUAGAAGAAGAAGAAGAAGAAGGCGAAUACGAGGAAGAAGAAGAAGCGUUGACGCAGGCAAAGUCGCAGCCUUUUGGUUUUGGCCACUUGGACUUCACUCUCAUUUUGUCCCGUUAGCCAGCCAGCCUGCUCUCUCGGCCAACAAAAACAAAUAACAAUCAACUACGACGACGACGGACCAAAACUAUGCUUUUGAAAUUCACUAAAACCAGUGGCGCUGGACCCUCGUCCGUACCGCUACAGCCGCCCAACCCCUCGCCGGGCUCCAGCUCGUCGUCCAUACAGGCAACAACAACGUACGCGGCCCGCGGAACAGGCAUGAGGAUGACCAUGUCCACCAAUUCCACAAUGAGUGCCCGAAUACAUCGGAAGGGAUUUCGCAUACCAUCGAAAAGACAACCGGGCAAGGGAUUGCCCGGCAAGCUGCAUACUAUUACCAGGACGGGUCCCGGCAAAAUCGUGCCUGGAAAGCGAAUACCACAGAGACCCCAUCCGCCGCCCUGCGACAAUUCGAACGACAGUGGCCUGGGCUUCGAUCAGCACACGGAGAUGAGGUCCUCGGCAGGAGCGGGCGGAUCGGUUGAUCCGGCGGUCCAUGGCAGCAACUCCGGCCAGCGAUCCGCUUUGAUGGUCAAUAGUGCUCUAACCAACACAGUGGCUGCCGCGGCGGCCGCAGCAGCUGCUGCAGUGGCCAGCAACACGUUGCAGCAGCAUCAGCAGCACCACCAGCAGCAACAGCAGCAGCAGCAACAACAACAGCAGCAGCAACAGCAGCAGCAACAACAGCAGCAGCAGCAGCAACAACAGCAGCAACAUUCACCGCAGCAGCAUUUAAUACGAGCGAUACCUGUAUCAAGAUCGCGGCACGCCAUGAGCCACUAUCUGGAGGAUCUGGAUCUGCUCUCGGCGUCCUCCUCCGAGGACUCGGCCACCUCGACGCCGACCAGUUUGGACGAGGACACGGGCUUUGUGAACGACAGCAACUCGACGACAGCCGGUGGCAAUAGCAGCUCCGUUCCCUUUGGUGGGGUAUUCCAGGCCACCGAAGCAGCCGUUGCAGCAGCAGUCAAUGCAUUCAACCUGCAACAACAGCAGCAUCAGCAGCAUCAGCAGCAGCAGCAGCAACAACAUCAGGUGCAACAGCAGCAACAUCAACAGCAGACCCAGCAGCAACAGUUUCAAUACAACGGAUUGCUGUUGCAGCAGCAACAGCAGCAGCAACAACAACAGCAGCAGCAACAACAGCAGCAGCAACAGCAACACCAUCAUCACCACCAUAAUCGUCAUGGGAAGCACAUCAAACGCAAGAAGCUAGAAUGCAAUCAAGUGGAACUGGACAACGAUGAUGCCUGCAGUGAGGAUGAGUUUAUCCGAAAGAUUGCCAGUUCGGUGGCUGUCGCAUCCACUGUGGAUGCCACACCUCCUCCUGUCGCCGCCCCCGCAGCGGCCACGCCCUCUGUCAGCCUCCUGCCGCUCAUCAGCAGCAUCAGCAGCAACAGCAGCAGCAACAACGACAGCAACAACAACAACAACAAUCAGACAAAAUUCAUAUCGGCCAGGACUGUCACGCGGGUGGCCAACAAACGCCAGCCCACCACGCCGCUGAACAGCAUCGCCAGCUCCAACGAUGGCCAGGUGCAGCUGGAGAUCGUCUCGCAGCCGGAGCAGCAGCAUCGGGCCCGCUACCAAACGGAGGGCAGCCGCGGCGCCGUCAAGGAUCGCAGUGGCAACGGAUUCCCCAUCGUCCGACUGGCCGGCUACGACAAGAACGCCGUCCUCCAGGUCUUCAUCGGCACGGACAUUGGCCGUGUGGCGCCGCACAUGUUCUACCAGGCCUGCAAGGUCGCCGGCAAAAACUCGACGCAGUGCAACGAGAAGAAGGUCGACGGCACCAUGGUCAUCGAGAUCGAUUUCAAGCCCGAAACGGACAUGACCAUCACCUGCGAUUGCGUUGGCAUCCUGAAGGAACGCAAUGUGGAUGUGGAGCACCGCUUUCCGGAGCACCUGGCCCAGAAGAAUAAGAAGAAGUCCACCCGCUGCCGAAUGGUGUUCCGCACCCAGCUGACCCGCGACGAUGGCACCACCGAGACCCUGCAGGUCUGCUCGAAUCCCAUCAUCUGCACUCAACCACCUGGCGUGCCGGAGAUAUGCAAGAAGUCAUUGAACUCGUGCCCAGUGGAUGGCGGCCUCGAGCUUUUCAUCAUCGGCAAGAACUUUCUGAAGGACACGCAUGUGGUAUUCCAGGAGACCUACGACAGCGUCAAUGGCGACGAUCCGGCCACCGAGAUUGCGGUGCGUCAGCAGCUCAUCGGCGGAACCGCCGCCCUCUGGGAACAGAGCGUUCUGCCGGACAAGGAGUAUCUCCACCAGACCCAUCUGAUUUGCACGGUGCCGCCGUAUCUGCACCAGAAUAUCCUGAAGCCGGUCCAGGUGCAGGUGUCCAUCGUUUCGAGCGGCAAGAAGAGCGAGCCGCACACGUUCACCUACACGCCCAAGGGACAGUACACGACGCUGGCGGCGGCCAGCACGUUAAGUAACACAGUCCACACCCAAGAUGUGAGCGGUUUCAUGGACACCACAGCAGCGCCCGGCGCUAGUGGCUCCAGCGGUUGGAGCGGUGCGUCCAGCGGUGCCGGCAAUGUGCCACCCCAAGGUGACAAUGUGGAGGCCAAGCACGAGAUCGAUUCGGGCAUGAUGCCGCCUCCGAUCACCACCCAGAUACCGAUGGGCGUUCGUCGCUCCUCGCUGCCCAGCGUCACGCCCAUGAUAACGGACCAGCAGCUGGUCCACCUCAGCGCGGUGGCCGCCAGUGCGGAGGCCCUGAAGACCGAGCUCCUGGACGACAGCAGCUCGCACAGUCCGCUGACCGGCGAGUCGACACCGGACAGCCCGAAUGCCGCCAUGCAGUAUCAUCGCUUUGUGCGCAAGCCCAGCCUCGACACCAUCAUGUACGACCAGUCCAACAGCUUGCCCGGCUUCCCAGCCGUCGUGGCACCGGCAACAGCGGCCGCCGUGGCCGCAGCCGUCGACAUCGAUACGGCAGCCGUGGCCGUCGCCGUGGAGCUGGCCGUCAAGAAUGAGAUUGUGAAGCAUGUGGUGCAGCAGCACCAGCAGUUGCAGGAGCAAAUGCAGGAGCAACAGCAGCAACAACAACAGCAGCAGCAGCAACAGCAGCAACAACAGCAGCAGCAGCCGCAACAGCAACAGCAGGUGCAACAGCAACAGCAGCAGCAGGUGCAACAGCAGGUGCAGCAGCAGCAACAGCAGCAGCAGGUGCACAAAUUCAUCGAUGAGCUGACCAAGUCCACGUCGCUGGUCACCAGCAACGGCACCAGUGAGCCGGCCCUGUUCACCACAUCGGCCGUGAUUGACCAUGCCCUGACCGACAUACUGCAGGCCAAGGUGGGCAUUGCCCCGCCCAGUGUGGUGCUGGAGCGCAGCCUCUCGCUCAGCUCCACCAACUCCAGCAGCUCGCUGAGCGGCAGCGAGAGUUCGCCGAAUAGUUCACCCCUCACCCAGGACAUCAUACUCAAUUCGGAGCCGGCGGCCGCGCUGGUCGGAGCAGCUGCCUUGGGUGCCCCGGCCGCCGUCGAUGUAUCCGGUGGCCUGUCCACCGACAUCAUCAUGAAUCCCGCCGUUUCCCCCUCCACGAUUCUGUGCUCGGCCAACGGGGCCGCCACAGCGGUGGUGCCCAACAUUCUGGCGCCGCACCAGGUGACCAUGGCCAACUCGAUCUUGAACGACAUAGCCAUGCAGCCGGAGCCCACACAGCAGGAUGCGGCGGUGGCCGCCUUGGCGUUGAGCAACAUCAUGAUGAGUCCGCCGACGGCUGCCGCGGGCGUGGGAGUGGUGGACACACUGCCGCCGACUCCGGCGGCCAUGCAGCCGGAGGUGGCGGCCACGGCCACCUCCACGGCGGUGAGCAACAUGAUUAUCAAGGCGGCGGCGGACUUUAUAACCACCCAGGAGCAGGAGCAGCACCACUACCAUCGUCACGGCUGCGUCCACUCCCAUUCGCCGCAGGCGGCCGUGGGCGUAAGCGGCAAUCCGGCCGAGACGGCAUCCGAUCCCUUGGUCAAUUUACUGCUAAACCACUCGGCCACACCGGACACAGCGGCAGCAGCCGCUGCCGCGGUGGCUGUGGAGGCGGCCAACUUCCAGUCGAUGAACCACAGUCUCCAUCAGCACCAUGGCCAUCAUGGCCACGGUGUGUCGCAUGGUCACGGCCACGGGCACGGACGCCACGUGUCUGGCCAUGUGAACAGCCACCAUCAUGGCCAUCACUUGCCGGUGGUGCCGCCGACACCACAAGAAUCUCUGAUCGUUGCGCUGGCCAGCGAGAAUGCGCUGCAAAAGUCGGUGGCCACCGCCGCAGUGACCACCAACGGAGCGGUGAUGACGCAGCAGGCAUCUGCACCCAGCACGGCGGGCAGCAUCCUGCCGGCGGCGGUCGGAGCGGUGGCUGCGGCGGCGGCCGUGGCCGUGCAGCCGCCCAUUCCCCAGGAGCUGACCACGAUGUCCGAUCAGGAUCUGAUCAGCUACAUCAAUCCGAGCACCUUUGAUCAGCUUUAAACGGCUUUAAAUCAACAAAUUAAACUACGUGGAUGCGUUUUUUUUUUAAAUAACAAUAAAUGUUACUCCUACACAGGCUUAGUCUUAAGUUUAUAUGUAGUAUCACUAACCAUGUUGUAUGGUUAGUGGUAGUAUUUAGGCAACACACACACAAAACCACACACAAUUAGACGGAUUAAAGGUUUCAAUGUGGACCAACUUUCUGACCAAGCGCGUACGGAACAAAAUCGGAAGAAGAGAAUGAAACCCACAAAAAAACACACACACACACACAUUAGUAGCUGUAGCUUUGUUUACGUUUAAGAAUAAACCAUACUUUAUAUGAAUACCUACAUUAAUUUUUUUUUUUUUUUUUUUUUUUGCUAUUUUAAUAUUGAUUUUUAAAAGAAAUAAUCAACUUAUCUCAAAAGGUUAAGUUAAAACAAUGAUAACGACUGCCAUAUACCUACGAAACAUAAAUGAACUCCCUAUAGUGAAGAAUGAAAACUGAAAAGGAAGAAUUCAUAUAUCAACCUUAAAAAUCCCAAAAUUUAAAGAAAGAACUAACUUUCUAAAAAAAAUGUUGAUUACACUUUUAGCAGGAAGCCCUAAUUUUCAAAAUAAAGUCUGAUUUGUAAACUUCCUUUAUAUUUGUUUGAGAAUUUAAGAUAUGUUUUCUAAUAAAAGCCUAGCUAUAUGUUAUGGCGUUAAAAAUUAAGCUUAUUACAUUUUGGGAAACACGAAAAAAAACACGAAAAGAAAUAAUGAUUAUACAGUUAAUAAUUUAUAUGAGAAAAAGUACAUAUUAUGUGUAGCUACGAAUAUAAUGAAUAUGCGAGAAAUUCCAAAAGACUUUUUUGAUUUAAAGAAAAUGCAAUUAUUUUGUUUAUGGUUUAAUCAUUUUUAUUUUAAAUUAUAUUCAAGAAACACACAAAUAAAGAUGCAACUAACGUUAUUACUAUUAUAAUAAUUAAAUCGCUAUUAUUAUGCCUACCCUUAAUGUUGAUAGUUGUUAUGUUUAGCUUUGUAAGCCAGAAAUUGGAGUUAUCCUAGCCCAUUUACCAUACGAAAAUAAGACCCAAAAAACUGAAAACGUAAAAAAGAACAAACCAACAACCAAAACACACCGAGAAACGAAUUAGAAUAUUGUUAUACCGAUUAACGAUUGAAUGAACUUUAACACAUGUUAGGUCAACCCGAAGUAAAUAUAAAGAUCGAGAGAACUCUGCAUUUGUAUGCUCUGUGCCCAACUAUUUAUAAACAUUUACAAAUAUUCCAACCACGAAUUUCACCCACUCCCAAGAAUCGAACUAACUGAGAACGUAUAACUAUAAAUGUUUAAUUUUUUUGGUAUUAGCUUGUUACAUAUUAAACAAUUUGAUUGACAUACGUAAUCUAGAUGUUCAUGGAGUCGAUAAAUGUGUUAAACAAUCUCAGAGAUUGCAUAUUCCUCAUUAAAUUAAAUGUUACAGUCGAGUCAAUGAACGACAGAGAUAGCGAUAGUAAGUGCAACUGAGAAGGAGAGAGAUAGAAAGAGAAAAUGAAAGAAAAAGAGAGGGAGAGAAGAGCCCGCGCUUAAGAAUUGUUAGUGUUAAAUGUUAUACACCUAAAUAUACAUUAUUUAUGCUAUAUAUACACACAUAUAUCUAACUUUACAAUGAAUAAAAUAAAUGUAUUUUUGAUGUUCUUAUUGCCCAAAGUGCAGAGCCGAGAAACAACUGAAAACAAUGAAGAAAACUCCCCAAUCUUUGUAUCCGACCUUUCAAACGUAUCAAUUGAUAAAAUUAUUAACUCAAAAUCCACACCACCACAAUUUGUCUAGGAUCCCCCCUCAAAAACAAUAUUAAUCUGCUCGUUAUCUCUUUUUAUGUGAAUAAAAAAUGAAAUCUUUCAAAAAGAA